CAAGCUCUUCAUCAUGGAGGCGUCGUCGUUACGGGGCGCUCUGGUUAUAUUGUCGGCUAUGUGCUGCCUCAGCUGCGGUCACUCGGCGCCGGAAGCCUCGGGCCUGCCUCGGGCCAUCCGCGUGCCACUGCGGCAAGGCGCUCGCGCUGAACCGUUACUGCCGCUGCCGCCUGCCGCGGGGAGACACGCGGCGCGGCGCAGGAGAGGAGCGGCAGCGAGCGGCAUCAGCUUCGUGGAUAUGAUCGAUAACCUGCGGGGGAAGUCCGGACAGGGAUACUACGUGGAGAUGGCCGUGGGUUCUCCUCCGCAGAAGCUGAACAUAUUGGUGGAUACAGGAAGCAGUAACUUUGCUGUCGGGGCGGCUGCACAUCCCUUUCUGCACAGAUACUACCAUCGCUCACUCUCCAGCUCAUACAAUGACCUCGGAAGGAGCGUGUACGUUCCUUACACCCAAGGCCGCUGGGAAGGGGAGCUGGGCACUGACCUAGUCUCUGUCCCACAUGGCCCCAACGCCAGCCUGCGUGCCAACAUUGCUGCAAUCACCCAGUCAGAUCGCUUCUUCAUCAACGGAUCCAACUGGGAGGGAAUCCUGGGACUGGCCUACGCUGACAUAGCCCGGCCUGAUGAGACAUUGGAGCCUUUCUUUGACUCUCUGGUUCGUCAGACCCCUGUCCCCAACCUCUUCUCUCUCCAGCUGUGUGGAGCUGGCUACACCCAAAACGACUUCCUCGGCAGCGCUACUGUUGGUGGCAGCAUGAUCAUCGGUGGAGUGGACAAAUCACUGCACGUAGGAGAGCUUUGGUACACUCCUAUCCGCAGGGAAUGGUAUUAUGAGGUCAUCAUCGUACGUAUUGAGGUUAAUGGGCAGGACCUCAACAUGGACUGUAAAGAGUACAACUAUGAUAAGAGUAUUGUAGACAGUGGCACCACCAACCUUCGGCUGCCUAGAAAAGUCUUCCAGGCUGCAGUCAAGGCUAUUGAAGCUGCCUCUUCGACUGAACAGUUUCCCUCUGGAUUCUGGCUGGGGGAGCAGCUGGUAUGUUGGCAGGUCGGCACUACACCCUGGCACAUCUUCCCAGUUAUCUCCCUAUACCUGAUGAGUGAAAACCGCAACCAGUCCUUCCGGAUCUCCAUCCUACCGCAGCAAUACCUGAGGCCAGUAGAGGAUGUGGCUUCAGCCCAAGAGGACUGCUAUAAAUUUGCCGUUUCCCAGUCGAGCACUGGAACAGUGAUGGGGGCUGUCAUCAUGGAGGGCUUUUACGUGGUCUUUGACCGUGAGAAGAAGAGAAUUGGCUUUGCUGUUAGCACUUGCCAUGUGCACGAUGAGUUUCGCACAGCCUCUGUGGAGGGCCCAUUCCACGGCGUUGACCUGGAGGACUGCGGCUACAACAUCCCUCAGACGGACGAGUCCACUCUCAUGACCAUCGCCUACAUCAUGGCCGGAAUCUGUGCUCUCUUCAUGCUGCCGCUGUGUCUCAUGGUGUGCCAGUGGCGCUUCGCCCGUUGCCUCCACCCACACGGGGACUUUGCUGAUGACAUAUCGCUCCUAAAGUGAAGGGGGAGAAGAAGGGAACAAAACUGGUCAUAGAGACCUUAACUUGAAACACAGGAGAGAAAUGGAUCUUGGGAACAGGGGAUGUAUGACAAGUGGGUUCUGUUGAAGGAGAGCUUUGAAAAGGUUUUUCAGGAAUAUAAUAUAUAAAGUAUAGAAAAUGCUGAGUGACAGUAUGUGAGGAUCCACAACUGACCUCAAGCAUUGGCGUCAACUUUGCCUGUUUGAGCCACCUAUGCAGAUCUGCAUGGUUAGAAGAACAGAAUGGUGAAAAUUGAGUCAAAUGUGAAAUAAAACAAUUAUGUCUUUAUUAUAAAUAGUGUAUAAAUAGACCACAGGGAAGAAUUGGAUUUGGAAUUUUGAAAGAUUUAUCUCAGCAUUGCAGAACUCCACACAGAGUGAUAUGGGAGCAAAAACCUAAUUUACAAACAUGGCUAAAUGAACUGGAUGUGACCGAAUACGACAAUGUGAAACCAUCAGUUAUGAUGGAUGGUAUGAUUUGAACAUUUAGUUUAUAGAUCUUUUCUUUGUGGCAUAUGAGUGAAUGAAACAAGUUGAUAAGUGUGAGCAUGCCUGUAAGUGUGCACAGCUGUACUGUAAUUGAAGAGUAUACAGAAAGAUUUAAUGAAAAUUAAGACAAAAAAACGAUACUAGCAUCUAUGAAGUUAAACUAUUUUGCAAAUGCCAGCAAAGAAUUCUGCAAGCAAAUCAAGUAAGCAUAAAGAGGCUAAUGUAUGGAAGUAUCAGAUUGUUACAGCAUUUACUGCAUAAAAUCAGUUUUAUGAUACUACUGAACAGAGUCAGCAUCAGAUGUCACCUUUUCUUCUUAUAUUGAUAUCUUAAAUCUAUUGUACAGAAUGCAUUCCAGGUCUUCUGUUUUGCGCAGACACACACACACACACACACAAAAUACACAUUGCUUACCAAACUGCUGCACCAUCUGAUUUGCAUAUGUAACAACAUCACUCAUUAACUUAAUAGGGCUUCUUUCACAGACACAAACAACCUAACUCAACACAUCUUUCAAUGGGGACCAUACACAGAAUGCUUGGACCAGGAAACCAGCCCAAAGUAUGUUAUAACACUAAAGAACUAUAUGUAUGUCUACAAGCGACAGUUUGUGAUGUGUCUCAGCAAGCUGUAAAUAGAAAAACUCAGAACUGUAUAUUUAUCUGUCAGGCGCUGGCAGCACUGUUCAACCAAUAAAGUAAUUAUUGUAACUGUCAAA